AUGGCCACUAAUAAUCCGGAAAAGACUUAUAAAAUUUUAUUUGUUUGCCUCGUGCAUUCGAUGCUGACUAGUUUGAUUGAAUCAGGUAACAUUUGUCGAUCACCAAUGGCACAAGCAGUUUUUGCUGAUCUGGUAGAGAUAAACGGAUUGUCUUCUCACUUUCCACGGAUCGAGAGUGCUGGUACAACAAAUAUGCAUGUUGGUGAAGCUCCGGAUGAUAGAACUGUAGCCAUAUGUCGAAAGAAAGGAGUACCGAUCUCUUCACGUGCACAACACCUCAAAACCCAAGACUUCUAUGAUUAUGAUUAUAUUUUAGGAAUGGAUGAACAUAAUUUAAGAAACAUUAGAUUUAUUAUGCCAUCAGAUGCUAAAGCAAAAGUCCACCUGUUUGGAGGAUUCUGUAAUGGAGAAGUCAUUGAUGAUCCAUAUUAUGGCGGGAAGGUAAUAAAAUAG